UGCAGGGAAAAAAAAUAAUACUUAGCUUUGACUAUACAAACUGCUUAAAUCAUUAUAAGGAAAUGCUGCAACUGUACAGUGGUUGUCACAUUAAUCCUGGAGAAAAUAUCAAACUAGGCCAUCAAUCCUUAUGGGGAAUUCGGAAAACAGGCUUGUUAAAAUGUAAGAGAAAUGUGUCUUGUGGACAUGGAAAAUGUGAUGGCAAAUCCUGCACUGCAGCCGCUAAGUAGCUUAGAUCAUAUGAGCAGGCGUAAUGGUGAAGUGCUUCAGUUUAGGUGACUGUCCACAGUAUGUUGAUUUAAGAAAUCGCCUUCCCCCAGAAGAUGUGCUUUUUUUAUUUCCCUUUUCUAAAUAUGAGUAAUUCAAGUUUACAUUCCUUUCCCUUCCACCCCCCAAGUUCAAUGGUUCGCAUGAACAAACAUCAUGGUCAUUUAAUAUUCAACUAAAUGAAAUGUUAAUUUUCACUGCAAGUUAAGAGCUGAAAACACAAUUGCAGAAACGGAAGAUGCCUGAGGAUUAUUCAGUAUAAAGAAAGCCAGCCCUGGAGCUUGAAGUGGGCUCCUAGCUCCAAUAGCAGUAUCUCCUUUCCACCUGCACAGUUGUUGAGAAGGUUAAAUGAGCAGCUGUGUGAAGGGCCUGCCCGUGUCUGGAACACAAGAAGCGUUCCCCGAUUUCAAGUUCCUGCUACUAAUGUGCAAAAAAGGGGGGCCCUGGCUGCAAAGUGAGGGCUGUCUAACUAUUUUCUCUGGCGACACACCAUCCGCAAGACAUCCCAGGCAGGCUCAGAUAGGAGUGCCUGUCUCUAACUUGAGCUGGAUGGAGUUCAAGGUGAAGCGAGUGGUGGAGGCAGACAUGUCCUCAAGUCACUUCAAGGCCUCUGGUGAACGAUGCAGAAGCAAAUUGUUGUCGUUGCUGUCCCAACAGUCUAACACCCAACUGAAGAGGCUGUAAAGCGGGUGGUAACGAAGAGAUGGGGUUUGGGCGGCGGAGUGUGGCCCCUCGUUGCGGGUGUGUGGAUUCAAAAACACCUGUUUCCCGCUCCUAACCCAAGGGAAGUCACUUGGCAGCUCUGGCCUCGGCUUUCCUCACCUGGAAAGCGGGGCGAACGAAACCUACCUCUGGCAGAGCUAUCGUGCGGAUCACAGGUUAAAACGCGAAGAUAGCUUGGUAAAGCCUCGACUGCCCGGCUUGUCAAUAUUCUGAUAGAGAGAUUGGUCCAGAGCCAAAAGGAAAUAACUUAAAACCAUCGUAAUUUCAAAGAAGAAGAAUUCCUCUGCAUGGAAAAUGACACUUUUAAGUCCCAAGCCCAUUGCCUGGGCAUAUGCCAUGAUAACAUUAGGGUCUGAAAUGCUAACUUCUGUCUUCAGCUUCUACUACGUGAAGCUUUUCCUCCACCUGUACAAGAUUUCAGAAGUGGCUUUCCACCAAGCCCAGGUAAUUUCAAUGGUCUGGAAUGCUGUCAAUAACCUGACUGGGUAUUUUCACAACUCAAGGGCCGACUGCUGCUCCUAUCGUCACCCAUGCGUGUUGUAUGCCGCCCCUUUCUGUGCAGUGGCCUUCCUGCUCCCUUGGUUCCCUUGGAAACACUAUGGCGCAGGGGACUGGCUCAGUGGACUUCACCUGGUGGUGUCAUUGUGUGCUUUCGACAGCACGCUCACCUUUGUCCAGCAAGCCCAGUGCACCUGGUUCGUAGAGAUUCACACUAGACAUGAAAGCCGGCUGCAGCUCAUUCAAACCAACCAGGUGGCCACGCUGGUAGGCUCUACCAGCGUCCUCGUCUGUGGCCUCCUCUCUGCCAACAUGGACAUUGUGCCCAGUUUUCAGGCCGUCACUGUUGUCAUUGCCGUGCUUGCAGCUGCUAGCCUCUACGCGGGCCUGUUCCACCUGGGUCGCUUCGAACCCAAAAGAAGCCCCAAGGACACCCUUUUCUCAGAAAGCGAACUAGAGCUCCCCUGGACCUCCGUCAUCUCGCUGAUGGGACAAAUCCUGACCCAGAGGAACUUUUGCCUCUUUCUGAUAAUGAAUUUCUUCCAACUCUUCCACUUAACCUUCUUCAGUAACUUCAUGAUGGUCUUCGCAGAGGGUCUCAUUCCCGCGGAGGCUCUGCCUUCGUCCAUAAGGAGCGUCAUGUACGGGGCGGGCUUUAUCUGCCCACAGUGCCUUGUCCUUCUGGGCCAGUCCUGGCUGAAGAAGUCUGGCUACUAUAAAGCCAUCUUACUGUCUUUCUACCUGGAAGGAGCAGCCUCCAUUGCCAUGUUACUCCUUGGACCGCGAUGCCAUUACAUCCUGGCUCUUUAUCUCACAACUAUCAUGGUGACUGUACGGGCUUCCUUUUGCUUAUUUAACCUGCCACUAGCUGAUGUGGUUGAUGCAGAUCUACUGAAGUUCAAUCGGCAGUCACCCCUUUCCUCAAUGGUUUUUGGCAUCAACGCCUUAUUCACCAAACCUGCUCAGUCUCUCGCUCCCAUGGUGAUACUCUCCAGGCUAAACCAGUAUGGAUAUAGAGACCCACACCAAAGUACAAUUUUAGAUCUUCACGAUGCUAUGUUUAACUUGGUCUGCCUGGUCCCACUGGGCAUCGCAGUGAUUCAGGUCCUGGUUUGGAGCCCAGUCUCAAUUGGGAACAAGACCGACCACACAGAGACUCCUUGAGGUCCGUGCCGGCGGUCAGGGGAUUCAGCUACAGCUGCCAUAGUUUGCCUGUUCUUAGAGAAUUUACGUUACACCUGAAGGCAAAACUGUUCUCGAUAACUUCUUAUUUGUUUAGAAAAUAAAACAAAACAAAAGUCUGACAUGGUUGAGGGCUUUUUGACUACAUAAGAAGGAAGUGAAAUUUGAGAUAAGGACUCACGGCUGUUUUCA